CCCGCCCCCUGCGCGGCUCACCCGCCAGGCGUUGCUAUGGGGAUCCAGCGGCCACGGCCGGCCUGGGACUGCGCCAUCCAACCAGCCACCUCUGCGGACCAGGCGCCGGCGACGGUGGGAGGUCAUGGAGCUCUCAAGAAACUCGGAAUUGGAGGCCGGGAGGCUGAGGGGCUUGGGCCGUUGCCGGCAUUUCUUUUGGCUGGGCGUCGCCUUCGACGCGGUGGGCGCGACGGUGCUGUUCACCGGGAUCUUCUCCGACCUGAUCUUCUACGACUUGCUACUCUACCUGGGUUCCAUCAUCAUCUUCCUCAGCCUCCUCUGGUGGGUCUUCUGGUACACCGGCAACAUCGAAUUGAGUCCCGAAGAGACCUGGAAGAGGCCCAUCCGCAUGGGCACCCUCAGCCAGCACUUCUCUUUCAACUUAAACAUUACCAGCACCUUGGCGCGGAUCCGUCGGGGGCAGCGCCGCAGGAGACUCCUCCAAAGCACUGCUUCACUUAUGAGUAGGUCCCUCACAAUCCAGGUACAUAAUCCGCUAUCAAAAGAGGACCAGGAUAAUGACGGAAGGAAAAGUGUCAGACACAGUGGCGAGGCUAAAGACUGGGGCAGAGAAGAUCUGGGCCCCGGACCGGGACCGGAACCGGAAGCUGUAAAACCUUCAGAAAGAGUUGGCCCCCCAGGCCCUGAGGCUGGUCCUCUGGGCCCCGAGGCUAGACGACCAUCAGGCCAUCUGGUGCAGCCAAAGUUCACCCCAUCAGCUCUGGACCAGCCUCUGCCUCCCGCCAUUGUCUCCUCUAAGAGCCUGCCUAUGGUCCCAUCAUCCUCUGCUAGUCAGCCUCUAACUAUUAGUUAUUCUAAGAGCCUACCUAAUUCGUUGGCCUCUGCGAGCCAUCCUCUAGUCACUCUUGCCUCUGCAAGCCUGCCUGGUGUCCCCCUGUCCUCUACAGGUCAGCCUCUGGACACUCUGGUCUCUGAUACCGAGACUGCAACUUCCAUGGUCUCCCAGAGCCACCCCCUGGUGCAUGUGGCUGCACAGAGCCAUUUCCCGAUCCCAGUAGACUCAGAGAGGGAUUUCCAGAGUCACUCUCUAGCCUCUCGAACUCAGCCUCCACCUGUUCAGGCUUUCCAGACCCAGGGUCUGGCCUCCCAGGGCUCUCUGAUCCAGCUUAAGCCAGCCCCAUUUUUUCAGACCCAUCCUGUGGACCCAUGGGUCUCCCUGGCUGUCCAGGACUUUCAGGCCCUGUAUAACACCCAUCAGGCCCCCAUGAGCACUACUUUAGUUCAAGAGAUUGAGCUCAGCCAAUCUGCACAUGCCCAGGAGCCAUCAGGGGGCCAGGAACUAAGCCAGGAAGUCCCUGACACCGUAUCCCGGCUCCCGGAGUCCCUGGCUCUAGCUACUGAGGCCCAGAAGUCAAAGCCCCAUGAGAGUGCGCCUGCCCCUACCACUCAAAACAGUCGCCACCUCUAAUACAGAAGCAGAUGCUCCGGCCUCUGCCAAAACUCACCAAUGUUUCUACAUAUUUAAGUGCCAACUUUAUAAAAGUAUAAAUACAUUCAUCUCAUUUUGGAAACCUCCAUCUGGAAUUUUGACCAACUCAUACCAGCAGACUUGCUAGACUGCCUUUGCCAAGUAUAUGUUUCAGUGUUGGGGAGAGUUUUCCAGCUGCAGAUAAUAAAGUUAUUUAUUGCCAGAACUUUAAGCCAUAAUAUAUUAGGCCAUUCCAACUGAACUUUGUUAUAUUAUAAUUUGUUUGUUUGUUUUUAAAUAUAUUUCUCUUAUAAAAGCAUCCCAGCAUUCUAAGUGGAAAAUAAUGUCUCACAUACUUUCGGUAAAGAUGUAAGUAAAUACGAUUCCUUUGGAAUGGACAUUGAAAAUGUAACUUCUUGAUUUUAAGGAUACUUUGUAACCUCAUUAGCUAUCAAAAAGGUUAAC